UAGACUUCAUAAUAUGUUUGAAGUCAGUUAUUCCAUUAUUGAAAAGUUAAAUAAACGAUCAGAUUUUGGUCUUUUUUGGUAUUUCAGAGGAAGUCUGUUCAAGCAUUUCCAGCUGAAUAAAUUAAAGCUCAUUUCCUGGUUUCCUGUCACAGAUUUCUUCCUGGCAGCAGGCGAUGCUGCAGAUCAUGUGACGUGCCCUCUGGUUUUUAGCGCUGUGCUCAGUCAAACUCAGAGUUUGUCAGGAGAGCUCAACAUGGAUUCAUCUUUUCUCUGCUUCAGCCUCUUCUUCAUCAUCCUCUGCAGAGCAGAUGGAUACGAGUAUUACACUUCAUCCCGCUGCCUGUUUAACUCCUCUGAGCUGCGGGACAUAGAGUACGUCAGAUCUUACUAUUACAACAGGAUAGAGUAUGUCAGGUUUAGCAGCAGUGUGGGGAUGUUUGUUGGAUACACUGAGUACGGUGUCAGGGAGGCAGACCAAUGGAACAAGGAUCAGGGACAGCUCGCUGUGAUGAGAGCUCAGAAGGAGACGUACUGCACACCAAACAUUGACCUCUGGUACCGAAGUGUUCUGACAAAAUACGUGAAACCAUUUGUCAGACUUCACUGGACGAAGCCCCCUGUUGAUCAUCAUCCUGCCAUAUUGGCUUGCAGCAUCUACGACUUCUACCCCAAAUAUAUCAAAGUGACCUGGUUGAGAAACGGACAGAGAGUAACCUCCAACACAACAACAACUGAAGAGCUUCCAGAUGCUGAUUGGUUCUACCAGACCCACUCCUAUUUGGAGUACACACCCAAGUCUGGAGAGAAGAUCUCCUGUAUGGUGGAGCACGCCAGCCUGGACCUACCUCUGGUUACUGACUGGGUCCCAUCCAUGUCUGAAUCCAAGAAAUUGAUGAUCAUUGGAGCCUUUGGGCUGAUCCUGGGUCUGGUCUUUUUCCUGGCUGGAGUCAUCUACACAAUGAUGUGCAGCAGAGAUGGAUAUACAUCUUUGGCUCACAAGUCCAAUGUGAAGCAGCCAGGGGGCUGGAGCAAAGAUGCUGCAGCUCUGAGCUUGUGGAGACCUCAGAAGGAGAAGUUCUUCAAACCCGACUCUGAGCUCUGCUUCACAAAUGUUCUGUCUAAGUCAGUGAUGCCGCUGAUUGGUGUUCAUGCCAUGGCGCCCCCUGGUGGUCAUCAUCCUGCCAUGCUGCUCUACAGAGUCUACGACUUCUACCCCAAAAAGGUCGCUUCUGCUAAAGCGAUAGCAGCAGCUGAUUUGCUUGAGAAGACUUUACCAGAUGAGCCAGAGCCCAGGACUGAUGCUGGUUCCCAGUAGCUGAUCCUGAUUGUGGACCUGGUUCUGCUUCUGUCUGUCAGCUUGAAGUAAAGCAGCAGCUGCUGGAAGCUCUGUGUUUGAUCCAGACUCUUUGAGUCAGACUGAAUGUGGACUGUGGUGGAUCUGCUGGAGCCUCAAAUGUGUUUAGAGAUUUCAUCGUGUGUGUGUGUGUGUGCAGAGUAUUCUUAGUCUUUACACCUGUCUGACAGCAGGAGCCAACCAGGCCCAACCAGGUGAGCUUCUUCCUGAUGGACCUGAGCUGGAGGAAAGCCAGGUGUGUGCUGGGAAACUGAGUCUUUUAUUGCUUUGUUUGGCUGUCAGGCUGGAGGGGGCGGAGCUCUGUGGGUGUUUGUGUGUGUGGGAUUCUCCAGUGUUAACAAACACACACACACAUAGAGAUGAACCAAGACUCUGAGGCUCACACUGUCAGCUGUUUGUUGGAUUUUACUUCCUCAUUCUUUUCUCAAUAAAUCUGUUUCCACAGUCA